GAGAUAUUCUGUGGUUAUGUUUGUAGCUUAAUUACAACAAAUCACCUGUUGCCAAAAAAAUCUGACGUAUUCAGAACAAUAUUUUGUGUCUUACCUUUUUCUCGUUUUCCCGUGUUAUCGGCCAAGUCACAGCUUGCAAAAAGGUUGUGCCCCCUUCAAUCGCAGCACUUAGGGAAUGAUGGACAAGCUGAAGCGAGUCCUAAGCGGCAAUGAUACACCGGAUGAGGAGAGUGGCAUAAUGUCCCAGUUAAAUGAAGCUUCAACCCUUAGCUGGUCGACAAGAAUCAAGGCAUUCCUUGCCUGUUUCAUUAUAGGAAUUCUACUCACUUUUCUGGGGUCUUUUGCCUUGUUUUUCGGCAAGGGUUUGAAGAUAUUCGCAGUUUUUUACACGCUGGGCAACAUUAUAUCGUUACUAAGCACUUGUUUCCUAAUGGGGCCUUGCAACCAGUUGCAGAAAAUGUUCCACUCAUCGAGAGCCAUAGCCACUUGUCUCGUUCUGGGCAGUAUCGUUAUGACCCUGUUAUCGGCCUUAGUUUUUAAAAACGCUGGUUUGGCACUUUUGUUCAUCAUCAUGCAGUCACUGGCAAUGACCUGGUACUCGUUAUCCUACAUCCCCUAUGCGCGAGAUGCAGUGAAAAAAACAGUCUCAUCGUGCAUUGCAUGAUGCCGUUUGGUUUGUUUUGCCAAUUGCUAUCUUACCAGAAGACUAAUAUUUCAUAAAUUUGAUCAGAGCAGUUUGCUUUGUGUACUUACUUAUACGGUAUAAAGGCCUUAUCUGCUCAAAGACUAGUUGGAGGACCAGCCGGACGUAUAAUUAUAUAUGGUAGUUUUAUAUGAGGCGUUUAUUCCCACAAGUAUUAUAUUUUGUAUACCGCAUUUACACAAAUCAGAUCCUGUUAAUUUAGCACGGAACUCAGAACUGAAAGUAUUGUUUUUUUGUAUUUUUAACUCAAAAGUAUCUAUAUUUGUAAACUGGAAACGCACCGUAAGUCAAGAGUGACUUAACAUAUCUCAUUGUAACAUUAUUAUAGGGAUAUUGGCUAUGUUAAUAAAUUAUAUGUAAUUA